UGUGUUUUUUCAUUUCUUUAUCUAGCUUAUCUGUUUUUGAUUGUUGAAAUUUCAGAAUAUUUUUUUGGCUUCGAUUUGCGGAAGUUCUGAGCUCUAACUUUACUUCGUCUUAUCUGGACUGAAAAGUUGAUUGUGGUUUUGACACUCGAUAAACCAGAUUUUUAUUUGGUGCUGUUCUUCCUCCAAUUUGGAACUGGAAUAGACGAAUAGCUGUGUGCACUAAAAUUUGAAGUUUGGAGGUAUCAUAAUGUCAAUGAAUCAGCGCAGCACAAUUGAUUUAGAACAGGGAUGGGACUUCAUGCAGCGGGGGAUAACAAAGCUGAAGAACAUUCUGGAAGGGUUGCCAGAGCCACAGUUCAGCUCUGAGGAUUAUAUGAUGUUGUACACUACAAUUUACAAUAUGUGCACACAAAAACCGCCCCAUGAUUAUUCUCAGCAGUUAUAUGACAAAUACCGGGAGUCCUUUGAGGAAUACAUCACAUUAACGGUGUUGCCUUCUUUGAGAGAGAAGCAUGAUGAAUUUAUGCUAAGAGAGUUGGUGAAAAGGUGGUUAAACCAUAAAAUCAUGGUGAGAUGGUUGUCGAGAUUCUUCCAUUAUCUAGAUCGCUAUUUCAUUGCUCGGAGAUCCCUACCAGCUCUCAAUGAAGUUGGGUUAACAUGCUUCCGUGAUCUGGUGUACCUAGAGUUGAAUAGCAAAAUAAGGGAUGCUGUUAUAUCUCUGAUUGAUCAAGAGCGUGAGGGUGAGCAGAUUGAUAGAGCAUUAUUGAAGAAUGUGCUAGACAUAUUUGUUGAAAUUGGAAUGGGGCAAAUGGAUUAUUAUGAGAAUGACUUUGAAGCAACUAUGCUCAAGGAUUCUGCAGCUUAUUAUUCUCGGAAGGCUUCUAGCUGGAUUUUAGAGGAUUCAUGUCCAGAUUAUAUGUUGAAAGCUGAGGAAUGCUUGAAACGUGAGAAGGAUAGGGUCUCUCAUUACCUACAUUCAAGUAGUGAGACAAAGUUGCUUGAGAAAGUACAACAUGAGUUGUUGUCUGUGUAUGCAACCCAAUUACUUGAGAAGGAGCACUCUGGAUGUCAUGCAUUACUUAGAGAUGACAAGGUGUUGGACUUGUCAAGAAUGUAUAGGCUCUUCUCUAAAAUACCUCGAGGCUUGGAGCCUGUAGCUAAUACUUUUAAGCAGCAUGUAACUGCUGAAGGAAUGACUCUGGUUAAACAUGCAGAAGAUGCUGCAAGCCAUAAAAAGGCAGACAAGAAAGAUGUUGUAGGAAUGCAGGAACAGGUUUUUGUUCGGAAAGUAAUUGAGCUUCAUGAUAAAUACUUGGCAUAUGUUAAUGAUUGUUUUCAAAACCACUCACUGUUCCACAAGGCACUCAAGGAAGCCUUUGAAGUUUUUUGCAACAAGGGUGUUGCUGGGAGCACAAAUGCUGAGCUUCUUGCCACCUUUUGCGACAACAUUCUAAAGAAGGGUGGAUGUGAGAAAUUGAGUGAUGAAGCCAUUGAAGAGACACUGGAGAAGGUUGUAAAGCUGCUUGCAUACAUAGGUGAUAAGGACUUAUUUGCAGAAUUCUAUAGGAAGAAGUUAGCUCGGAGGUUGUUAUUUGAUAAGAGUGCCAAUGACGAGCAUGAGAGAAGUAUCCUAACAAAGUUGAAGCAACAGUGUGGUGGUCAGUUCACAUCAAAGAUGGAAGGGAUGGUCACUGAUUUGACUUUGGCAAGGGAAAACCAAACUAGUUUUGAGGAAUAUCUCAGUAAUAAUCCUCUUGCAAGUCCUGGUAUUGACCUGACUGUUACAGUUCUGACUACGGGCUUUUGGCCAAGCUACAAGUCCUUCGAUCUUAACCUUCCAGCCGAGAUGGUUAAAUGUGUUGAAGUGUUUAGAGAGUUCUACCAAACAAAAACAAAGCAUCGGAAGCUUACAUGGAUAUACUCACUGGGUACUUGUAAUAUCAGUGGAAACUUUGAGCAGAAAACCAUAGAGAUGAUUGUGACUACUUACCAGGCUUCUGUAUUGCUUCUAUUUAAUGCAUCAGACCGGUUAAGUUAUCAAGAAAUCAUGGCACAGUUAAACCUGUCAGAUGAUGAUGUUGUUAGACUUCUUCAUUCCCUUUCAUGUGCAAAGUAUAAGAUCCUCAACAAGGAGCCGAGCACCAAGACAAUUUCCUCAUCUGAUGUCUUCGAAUUCAAUUCAAAGUUUACAGACAAAAUGAGGAGGAUAAAGAUCCCUCUCCCUCCCGUGGAUGAGAAGAAAAAAGUUAUUGAAGAUGUUGACAAAGAUAGAAGAUAUGCUAUUGAUGCUUCAAUAGUGCGUAUUAUGAAGAGUAGGAAAGUCUUGGGCUAUCAGCAGUUAGUCAUGGAAUGUGUUGAGCAGUUGGGACGCAUGUUCAAGCCUGAUGUCAAAGCGAUCAAGAAGAGGAUUGAAGAUUUAAUUACUAGGGACUACCUUGAGAGGGACAAGGAUAAUCCCAACAUGUUUAAAUACUUGGCAUAAUUGGGUCCAGAUACUUGGUCGAGAAAGUUGAUGAUUUUGUCUGCUGCUAUAUCAGCACAGGAGAGGAUAAAACCGUCCAUUAAAGUUUGCAAACAAGCACAGCUCCUGUGAAGGAACUCUCGUGAUUUUGGUAACCCAUUGAUUUCAAAAUUACCUGUACAUUUGAGCACCAAAAAGUUGGGUAACUUAUAUGCAUCCUGAAGAGGUUGUGAUUGUUUCCACUCUUCGACUUCUCCCUAUAUGGCCACCUCCCUCGUACACAUUUCAUUCCACGUUUGCAACUCAACUAACUAGCAUUCGAUAUAAUGAUAUUCAGCAACCGAACUACCUAUCUCUGUUUCCUGAUUGGUUUCCAGCUUCACUUUCUUGAUUGCUGUAAUGGUUUGGCUUUCAUUGAGCUGAGUUAUCCACUCUGCCGCUUUUUCAAACAAAAUGCAGUGUAACUUUUCAGCUGUGGAGUGAUCAUUAUCCAACUGUCGUUUGUAUAGAUAAUUUGUUAACAAUGAACAAGUUUUAAUUUCUCUGUAUUUUGUAACUUUAUGAAUAUGGAUAUUGUAUGGUUUUUAUCUUCUUUGUACAUUAGCCAUUCGCAGUAAUUCUACUAUCCUAUUUUACCUA